AUGCCUGUUGAGCAGGGGCAGCCGACUUAUUAUGGAGGUAAAACCACCUGUCUAACCGUCGUUCAUAUUCUGGCGACCGCUCCUCCCAGAGCACGGGGAUUAGGCAGGUCGGGUCCUCGAAGAAGAUCCGGGUGCCUGACAUGUCGAGCGCGAAAGGUUCGGUGCGAUGAAGCGAAACCAAUCUGUGCCAACUGUACCCGGCUCCGGCUGGGUUGUGUUUACAAGACGAUUGUGCCUGCAGCCGUCCCGCGACAGGCUAAUGGUCACACAGCUGCCGUGACGGGGAAUCCGACCGCAAACACCUUCCAGAGACCAGAUGCGAGCUAUUUCAGUACGGUGCUACGACCAGAUGGGCAGCAGGCCUAUCGGCCGCCGCAAGCAGCUGAUGCUUCACAAUUGCGAUCUGUGGAUAAUGCGGCGACGUCACCCGGACCAUUUGAUAUGCUUGGUUUCAUGAGCGAGAUUACGUCCGAGCUGGAGCGCAAGCACCUCGAUUUGACCAACGGGCUAUCUGAAUUUACUAAUGUAACGUCUUACAAGGCGUCGGACGACACUGCAAAUGUACCGCAUACUGAUCGAUCGAUGAGCUGGGACUCGAGUGUUUAUUCAAAGGGAACGCAAUCACAGUCUCCCGCUACGGAGGGUAUGUGGCCGGAGACCGGAGCCGCGUAUGAGGAGCAUCUGCUGGCAUAUUUCCUCAGCUCCGAGCCGCCCGCGACGAUAUUCGGACCAGUGAACCUGGAAUGGAAAUAUGUGCGUGAGGUUAUCGUAGCGCAAUCGCGCGACUUUCGACCCUUGCGGAAUAGCAUCUACUGUUUCGCAGAGGUGCAUAAGGCCAUCAAGGAGGGGGGUCAGCCUAAUUCGGCGUCGACGUACCACCAGCAGGCAAGUUUGGAAGGGCAGUCAUACAUAUUUGGGCAAGUGGAUGAGCCAACGUUGGUAAAGGUCUUUACCACUGUCUUUCUGCUCAUGUUAUCUGAAUCGCUAUCGUCCCCAGAGCUGGGCCGCCAUGGUAAUUCUUUUCUCCACUCAGCAUACCUGUUACUGCAGCGCUUUCACGACCAGAUUCAGUCAUGGGCUGGCUUUGGCCGCCUGGUGGUCUCGUGGGUCUCUCUUCUGGAUGUGAAAUCGCUGAUUGCCGGCCGAGAUGGAGAUCCUCUAAUAGAACUCGGCAGCCUGGCUGAGCUCUCGACUGCGCAAAACGAAUCGAGCAGUGCCGUUAGCGGACAAUCGUCCUUCAGCAGUAGUAUUAUGGACGAUCGUCCAGUAGACAAGAAAGUGACAGACGAUUACCUUCUCUCGAAACCAGGAUAUCUUAUCUACGAUGCCAUUGUGGGGCCCGCGUUUCGCUUCUUCGUUCAAGCCCAGCAAAUCAUCCGGCGCAUCGUGUGCAUUGACUUGCAUCAUCGCAGUCGCGGGACGCUGGGUGAUGAAUUUGAGGUUCUGCAGAUUGCUCACAGAGUGGGCGCUGACUUGGAGACACUAUGGAACUGCCGCCCACCAGUGCUUGACGUCUACGACCGACCUGAAGAGCUGCUUGACUCCUUAAGUCAGUCGGUCGCGGACGAGGUAUGUCGCACAUUCCGGCAGUAUGUGGCUAACUUCCUGGCGAUUUUUAUCUAUCUGCACCGGGUAGCAUUUGCUAUUUAUCCGCGGACUGACCGAGUCAACCGCGCUGUGGACCAAAUCAUCCAGCUGGCAACAGCUGAAUCGGCAAGUACGCAGCAACACCUGCCGGUCAGCUUCUUCUGGCCGCUUUUUAUAGCGGGCCUGGAAGGUACGUUGACUCAGCGGCGGUGGAUCGUGCAGGAGAUGCAGCGCAUGGUGGCCUGUGACAGCGAUGUGACGCAGCGGCAUCCCAAUGCGAACAAAGUGCUGUUCCUUCUGGAGGAGAUGACGCGGAGACAGGAUGCGUCUCGAACAUGGGCGGAUUCGCGAUGCGUGAGGCGCGAACUCUUUACUGAUUUUUACGUUCUAAUAUAG